AUGCAUUACCCUGCGCAGCCUGAGGGUGGAGAAAACCGCUAUGAACGCACUCUGCGUAUCACUGGUCUGUUCCGUAAGGCAGGUUAUGUCGUCAUUGAGAAAUGGGAAUGUGAAUGGAAAGAGGACCUCAAAAACCCAGAGGUAGAAGCCUAUUUUGAAGCCCACCCCACCACCCGCAUGCCUCCCCUUGAUUUGCGCAAGGCGCUCUGCGGCGGUCGCACCAGCGCGCUCCGUAUGUAUCACAAGGCAGACCUUGACAAGGGAGAGAAGAUAAUGAUGGCAGAUAUUAUAUCAAGUUACCCGAAUGUGAAUCUGAGGGCUUGCUACCCUCUUGGUCAACCAUCUAUUUAUCUGGAGGGUGACCCAAAUAUUCCUGCCAUUGACGCUUGGAAUGGAGUAAUUAAAUGUACAGUGCUUCCUCCCCGAGAUCUGUACCUUCCAGUGCUUCCCUUUAAGUGUAAAGGAAAACUGAUGUUCCCACUCUGUGCGACGUGUGCUGAGACAGAAAGCAGUGAAAUUUGUCAACACACUGACUCCCAACGCCAACUUACGGGUGAAUGGUGUGCUCCAGAGCUCCAGUUAGCCAUUCUAGAGAAAGGGUACACUCUUAUCACUGUCCAUGAAUUAUGGCAGUACCCAUCCACUAUGCAAUAUGAUCCCAAAACGGGAAAAGACGGCUUGUUCUCAGGUUAUGUCAGGAAAUUUAUGGCACUGAAAAUUCAGGCCAGUGGAUGGCCAACAGAGUGCGACACUCAACAGAAAAAAGAGGAAUAUUUGUCUGAUGUUAAGAAGCAUGAUGGUAUUGCUAUUGACCCCACUAAAGUGGCCAAAAACCCUGCACUCAGAACUCUGUCAAAAUUAAUUUUAAACAGCUUUUGGGGAAAGUUUGGGGAAAAGACUCUUCGUGCGAAAACUGAACUUAUCUAUGAUUAUGCUGACCUCAUGAAACUAGUGACAGACCCUACUAAAGAAGUGACUGCCCUCCUUCCCUUAAGUGAAGACUGUCUUCAGGUAACUUAUAAACCUGUAGAAGACAGCGAGGUAACACUUCCUACUUCUUCCCUCUCGCAUGCAGCUUACACAACGUGUAUUGGUCGACUCAAUUUGUACAAGUACUUGGACAUCGUUGGACAGCGCGCCUACUAUCACGAUACCGACUCAGCGGCUUACCUGAGUCGUCCAGGCGAGCCUGACCUGCCCCUGGGCACACAUCUGGGUGAUCUCACUGACCAGAUUGCGGAGGACUAUGGUCCGGGUUCGUUUAUCACAGAAUUCGUGGCUGGCGGACCAAAAAAUUAUGCUUACAAGGUGGCAGUGGGAGGUGACGUUUCUAACCUCAAAGUGUGCAUUAAGGUGAGGGGAAUAAGCAUUAACCAAUCCUGUGAGGAUCUUGUCACUUUUGACAACUUAAAAGCCAUGGUCUUAGGUGAGGAAGAAAAGAAGACUAUCCCCAUUCACCGUCAGAUUACCAGACUACCUGGCUGUGUGGCAAAAAGCUACGAAACUGUAAACAGCUAA